CUGUCAUGGCUCUGAACGUAAACAGAAAGCACAGAAUGACGACACGUUUUGUUUGUAGUACUUUGCCAAACUAACUGCAGCCACGUUUUAACUGUGAUUAUCACCCGGAGAAAGAAGCGGCAGGAAUGUCCGGAGGGAGCAAAGCCAUUGAGUUACAGCUUCAGAUGCGGCAGAAUGCGGAGGAUCUGCACGGUUUCAUGAAGGAGCUGGAGAGCUGGGAGACAGACAUAAAGAAGAGGGACGAGCAGCUGAGGACCGCAGGAGGAGUGCAGGAGGUGCAGAAAACGCUGCCACCUGUGCGCAACAAGGACUACAAAACAAAGAUGAGAGAGAAGAAGAGAAAGAAGACACCCACAGGCAACGGUGACGCAAAAGCAGAGGAGCCGAAGGAAACACCAAGGAUAAAAGCCUAUGACUAUCGGUCAUGGGACAAGUUUGAUGUGGACAAGGCUCUGUCUGAGAUGGAUAAAGAGUCAAGUCCUGCAGAGUCAAAUGAGUCAGACUCAGAGGAAGCUGCAGUUGAUCAGGAGAGAGGGCUGGCUGAGAAGGAAAAGGGUAAUCAGUUUUUCAAAGAUGGGAAAUACGACGAUGCCAUUGAAUGCUAUACCACAGGAAUGGGUGCAGAUCCUUACAACCCAGUGCUUCCCACAAACAGAGCCGCCUCCUUCAUCAGACUCAAAAAGUACGCUGUGGCCGAGUCCGACUGCAACUUGGCGAUCGCUCUGGACAGCAACUACUUCAAAGCGUUCGCACGGAGAGGAGCAGCACGAUUCGCGCUGAAGAAAUACGACUCUGCAUUAGAAGAUUAUGAGAUGGUUCUCAAGCUUGACCCUGGAAACCUGGAGGCACAGAGUGAAGUGAAGAAAAUCAAAGAGAUCCUUGGACAACAGGCGUCAACCACCCCGAGUGAAGCUACGCAGCCUCCAACAGUCGACCCCGAGCAGCAGAGACUGAUGGAGGAACAGCAGAGACGACAGGAGGCGGUUAUACAGAAAGACAGAGGGAAUGCUUAUUUCAAAGAAGGGAAGUAUGAAGCUGCCGCGGAGUGCUACAGCAGAGGCAUGGAGGCCGACAGCAUGAACGUGCUUCUGCCCGCCAACAGAGCCAUGGCUUUCCUCAAGCUGGAGAAGUUUAAGGAGGCAGAGGAAGACUGCACUAAAGCCAUUUCUCUGGACAGUUCUUACUCCAAGGCGUUCGCCCGCCGAGCCACUGCCAGAGUGGCUUUAGGAAAGCUGGAGGAGGCCAAACAAGAUUUUCAGGAGGUGUUGAAACUGGAACCAGGAAACAAGCAGGCACUGAAUGAACUCCAAAAACUCCAGAUUGACGUUGGUUCCAGCGGCCUCCUUCAAACACCAGACAGCUCACAGAGGAGAACAGUUCAGCCAAUAGACAAACCAACACAUCUGCGCUCAACUAAACCGCUGAGGAGGAUUGACAUUGAGGAGAUCAGUGGUAAGGUGACGCUGCCUGAGGUGGAGUCAGGUGGGUCCAGGUCUUUUGUCCAGGAGGUGGUGAGAGAGGCAGAGGAUGAGUCCUCACCACUGUCAAUGUCACCCAGUGCAAAGAUGAUCAAGAUCGAGGAGAUAACAGACGUCCCCUCACACUCCUCUGAGCAAGUUCCCACUGGCAGACAGACAAAACAACCAGCACAGGAAGAAAUCACUCCUCCUCCCGAACCGUCAACCAAACCCUCCUCGAUAGUAACAGACCCGCCUCCUCCGCCCACCAACAGCUUCCAGCUGGAGUCUGACCUCCGCAAGAUUGGAAACCAGCCUGAAAUGAUUUACAGAUAUCUGAGGCAAAUUAAGCCAGAGGUGUAUUCAAACAUUUUCCACAACUCCCUUGAACCUGACAUUCUCAAUCAGAUCCUGAGGACGCUGCAUGUUUUCUAUAUCAAGAAUGAAGCGCCGGCUGUCACACUGGAAGUCCUCAAGAGUCUAGCAAGCGUGAGGCGCUUCGACAUGGCCGUCAUGUUCAUGUCUUCCCUGGAGAAGAAAGUGCUUAAAGAACUGUUUGACUUCCUUCACCAAGCUGACCUGGAAGGAUCAUGUGUUGCAGCUUUACAGAAGAAGUACGGCGUGUGACCCUUGGAUUAAAACGUGCAAGUUCAAUGGACUUUAAAUUUCAACAGAGUGCUGGAUAUAAAAUCAAUAAAACAACUUAAUUUUACUCCAAUACUGAAUAAACUUUCAUCACUUUCACUUCCAUUGAAUUGGACUGCUGCAUUAUGGCCUUUCACCUGUGGAAUACGUCAUCUUCUAUCUCUCUCUUCGUAGCACUGCGUUUAUUUAUAGUUGGAAGUUGAAAAUUCACAGAUUGUGAUUCUAACUUUGGUGCAUUUUGUUGUUACACUUCAUAAAAACAGAGAUUUCCAGUGUAGAAUCUGGUCCCUUAUGCAAAAGCUAAUGUGACAGAUGAGACUAUUCUGUGUAAAUGUAUACUGUAUGUUUAACCAUUCAUUGCACAACUGUUUUCAUACAUUUAUGAGCAAGCUAUGCUGAAAAUGACGUUUUUUUAAUAUUUUGAGGUCUGUUUGGUUAUAGAAAUAGAAGUAUGCACAUCUAACUUAUUUGGGCUCAUGUGCUGCAUAAAGUCAAGCUACAUAGAAAAUUAGACAAAUGUCUGUAUUCGAACUCAUUUCAGGUUUAUGCAAAUGUAUGUGUGUUGACAUGGAGUUAGAUAACUGCAUCUAAGGGGACGAACCAACCAGGCGGGGUGUUCUAUCAAAAGGAAGUGUGAAUUCUCAACCUUAUAGUACAUCUUGAGUACAGCACGAAAGUGUGGAUUGGUCUCUGUGAGCACUCUGCCCAAUGUUCUUCACAUUCUUAUACCUGCCAAAAGAAACCUGAUAUAGCAUUGACUAAAAUGGCUUAACUGUAGAAACCCGUGUGAGUGAAGGAGGGCUUCAGUUUGAGCCACAAGUAUUCAGAUUCUGUAUUUACAUCUGUUCUCAGAAAACUGAUCUACGAAUAAAGGUAUAUUUUGUCA